UGGAAUGCUGACUCUGUACGGAACGCUGCUCUUCUUGGCUACAUCGUUCGUGGAUUACGCCAACUCUGCGUUCAAUCACCAGAACUACAACAAAGAGCCCGAGCGCCGGCUGGGAGAGACAUGCAUCACCCGAACGGCGUGCGAGCUGGGAGACGCCCACUCGGACUGCGUCCACUGGCAAUGCCAGUGCAAGAAGGGCUUCCGCAUCGAGUUCCUUCACGGAGUGCCCGUCUGCGUUACCGGCUUCUUCCCGAGCCAGUGCUACUCGCACAACCAGUGCAUCGAGAUGGACGAGCAUGCGCUGUGCGUGAGUAAUGUGUGCGACUGCGAGAACGGUUACCAGAGGGAGCUCAUCUACUGGAAGUACGUCUGCAGGCCCGAGAAAUCCGACAAGAGCCUUAUUAUCUUCAUCCUCAGCUUCACCCUGCUUCUGCUGAUUGUCGUCUUACUCUACAUCGGGAAACACUACGUUCAGUCGGAGUGCGCCGGUCCUCCAAACCCACCAUGCCCGGCGUCGUCUACCAUCACGGGGUUCACGGGAUCGAUCCAGGACGCAGACAGUCCGGAAUGGGACCUGGUGGUCAUCCCGAGGGCUGUGAGGCCGCCGUCCCCAGUGUUGCCCUCCAAAGAGGACCUGCCGCCAAGUUACGAGGAGGUGAUGAGGUACUUGUCGCAGCAAUCGUCGAAGAGAUGA